AUUGUUGAAUUUCGUUAUCCGUUGCUCUCAGUAAUAGCGCUCUAAAAUAGGACAUGUUUGUUUUGUCAAUUCAGAGCCUCCGGCAGCAGUUGAGUUCAAUGACCAAGCAUUCGCGUGCGAAGUUGAACAUAUCUCUGGCUGGACAUCAGACGAAAUUGACCUGUUGCUUACGGAAUACAGCGUUCCAGAUCAUUGGAAUGGAAUUCUGACCACAGCGUUGUUGGAGACAAUCAGAUAUCGUAUUGAGCACUCGACCACCAAAAGCUACAAACGUGAUUUCCCACCAAUAUUUUCUGCCCUCAACCUCAACUUGCCUACCAGUACCAACUUAAAUGGACUACUCCAAAAAGUACAACGACAUGUAGCCAAAUCAAAACGAACCCACACCACAGUAGACAUCCUCCAAGAAGUGCCUGAAUUUGCAAAACACUACAAGCACACCAUUGGACCACACUGUGAAAAGAGCAGAUUAACACCAGACUCGCUACUUCAUUCAACAGACUUCAGUGCACAAAACCUCAACAAUGCAAUGAUCAUUGAACUAAAUUGGUUCCGGGAGACUUCAAACACAACCUGGCAAACUGUUCGGGACACAUGGUGGCCAAAUCUGUUUUCAGCAGAUUUCAUUCCUCCACCAAUUGGCACUAUCCAGACUAACUGGCACAACUUGGCUCUAAAGCGACAGAAACUACGACAUGACCCACUUAAGGAUUUUCUGGAAACAUCUUACAGAGUUCCAACCAAGAAGAGGAAGGGAUAUACAACUUUUUUAGCUUCCACAGAUGCGGGGACUGUUGGCAUUAGCCUUCAUGACAUCCACACUGAAAGCGCAGAGAGCUUACUUGAAGAAACGAAGGACACACUGGACGAGUUGAUCAUGCUGAACAUAAAGGACGACCCAAAGCAAACCCUUAAACUUUUAGCCAAAAUAAAGAACACAAUGACUGACCGAUGCAUCGUAAAUAAGGCUUACAUCACAAAACUAGAAAAAUGGAGAGCUGCUGCACUACCACAGGUGACUGACAAUUGGGAAGAGAUUGAUGAUGAUGUCAAACAUCAACUUAGCACCAUCAAUGAUCUUUUCUGCGGAAAGCACUUAGUUCUUAAUCUUCAAGAGUAUGCUGCCUCUGCACUGUACGAGUGGGAACGUAUCGAGGCAGAUGAUGGAAAACUGGGGAGGGAAAACAAAAUGCUGUGGAGUAGGGGAAAGGAGAGUACAACAUUACUUACUGUCCGUUCAUUCUGUAAUUUAUUAGGACCAGAAUGUGAUGAACAAUCCGGCAUGGUUGAAGAUUUCAAAUCUGUAUUGAAAACACAUCAUCAAUGCAAAUCACAUCUUCAAUCAUACCGAGGGAAUCGUUUCAACAUCCCAUUCCAGAAUUCUGCUGCGGUGUUCCACCAUAGAGAACAUUUCAACACGCUGUGCUCAUCUCUCGACUCCAAGCGCGAGGAAAACAUGUUUGUUAAAUGUCUCAAACUAGACCUGCAGGAUGAAAUAAUACUGGCAGGGAUGAGAGCAAUGGGGAUUAUAUCCCAGCAUAUAACGACUCCACUAAUGCAGAUGGUUGAAAGUAAUCUCCAUGUACUCGACACAGACAAAUUCUAUACCAGGCUGCACCAGAAAGUCCAAGAGUGGAUGAUAGACCCCUCCCCACUCGUCAAUGACAGUACUAUCCUGUUUCCAGAAUUCCCACCAGUAAAGAAUGAAAUCCACACGUCCCUAUAUGAACGAACAACAGGUAACAUUGAAAACCUGACCAAGCAAGCACUCUCUGUGAUAAUGCACAAUCUUCAUGUGUGCAUCAGUCGUCAGGUCGCUGAUCAUCUUCCAGGGGGAAGGUUUUACAGAAGAAACAUUUACCUGCCCUAAGGACAAUCUUGCUCCUGAGCGUAUGUUUGCAGGUCUCGAUUAUCUUAGGCGUAAGAUGCCUAAUGCCAAUACAGUGGCCUUUGAAGGCAUUCUCCUCUGGAGCUUGAAUAAGACGAGAGAAUACCUAGAUGAUAUGGAUGAGGACACAAGAAAUAAAUUCCU